AUGCGGAGGGACACGGGGGGACCACGGAGGGGACACGGAGUGACACGGGCGGGACGCAGGGCACCGACAGCCGGAGCCCGAGGCGUCCCCAAGGAGGCCGGAGCCGCUGCCAGGGGACACCAGGGGACACCAGGGGACAUCAGGGGACAGCGGGAGGACAAGCACCGCCGCCCGUCCCGCAGGCCGCUCCCGGUGCAAGCCCUGGCCCGAAAUCCGCCGGUGGCACCGGCCCAAAGCGGCCGCGGAGCGGGCAGGGCGGCCCGAGGGGAGCGCGGGGCACCGGGAGCACCGGGCACCGGGGGCACCGGGAGCACCGGGGGCACCGGGCACGGCGUGUGCGGGCAGGGGCACACGCGUGUGCGCUGGCGUGUCCCUGGCGCGUGCACACGCGUGUGCGGGGCGGGCGCCGAAGCUGCGAGAAGCGCCGCUGGCCGCCGGCCCAGACGCAACCGGCCGCCAAAACCGCCCCGAAAAGCGGGAGAAAAGGGCAACGGCGGCGGGGGCGGGGGGGCAGCAGCAACGCCCGGCGGGGGCGGCCCGCCAACCGCGCCGGGGGGGACACCGGGGGCGUCCCGGGACAGCGAGGAGGGGGGCACGGACCCCUGCGGGACCCCCGAGCCGCAGCCCCCGAGCUGUGCCCUCUCCGGGAAGCGGCCGCUGUUCCUCCCCCCUCCUCCAAAAAACGGGAUGGCGGCCCCCCCCCCGAGCACCCCCGGAACGAGGCGCCCCCGGAGCCGGUGUCCCCGCGGGUUUCGCCCCCGGAGCCUCCCGGCCGCGCUCCGGCGGGUCCCGCCGCUCCCGCCGCGCUCCGGGGCCGCGGUCCCGCCCGUCCCGGCGGUGCCGGGCACGCCAAAGCCCCGUGGCACCGGCGGCCCCGUCCCCGCGCUCCCGCUCCGAGCCCCUCGGCGUCCCGGGGCUCGGAUCCGCUCCGCACCGAGGCAGAACCGGGAGCCCCCGCGCACCGCGGAGCCGCACCGGGACGGGAGCCCCGCACCGGCCCCGUCUCGCUCCCCGCAGCCGCCGCUGCCCCGGGAGGCACCGGGGGUCGCACCCCCACCCGUUACACCCCAUUUCGGGGGGGCAGCGGCCGAGCGCGGCCAGCGGCAAAGCGCACCGCCCCGUGCCACCGUCACCGUGACCCCGCAGGGCCCCGCAGGUGACAGCGACAGCCGGAGGAGCCGAGGGUCGCUGGAUGCGCGCCCCCGACCCCCCCGCGGGCUCCCCAAACCCUGCCGGGACCCCCGGGAUCAGCCCCCGGUGCUGCCCGGGACCCCCGGGAACCCCUCGGGACCCCCGAGACCCCCCGGGACCACCGAGACCCCCGGAAACCCCCCGGGACCCCCGGGAACCCCCCAAGACUCCCCGGAACGACCCGGACCACCGGGACACCCCGAGACCCCCGCCCAGGCCCCGCCCCCAACCAGCUAA